CAGCCCCCCCUCCAUCACUCGCAUCAGAUCAGCUGCUGAGGACCUGGAGCCCUCUCCUCCUCCCAUCUCCUACUCUCACUGGGGGCUGCAUGCAGGGUGAAGUCACAGUGAUGUCAUUUAGGAUGUGAGGGAGUUGGGGGGCAAGGUGUGUGCUGGUUUUGCGUUGAGUGGUGUCCCCCCCUCCACGGCCAGCGUUGCCUGUAACACAGAGGCGCGGAGCGGCGAAAGAUGGUCAUCGCCACCGGCACCGACUCAAGCUCCAACGCCUUCUGUCCUCGUCCUCUUCCUCAGAUCUCGGGCUAUGGCCUUGAUCCCAAAAUAAGCCUCUACCGCCACCAUGCCAAAGGACAGAAAAUAAGAAGAGUUGCGUUUUUAAGACAGGUAACUUUGUUGCCCAAAGGUGAACUGGAUUGCGCAAAGGUGCCUCUACAGUAUGCGCAGCGGGGCCGGGACGCACUGGCCGGGGCCGGCUGCUCUGGUACUCUGGACUUCUCUGUGGGGAAUCGCUUCAUCCUAUCCGAUUCCGAGCAGGACUAAUGCCACUUUGUUGGAAAGGAGGUGGGAGACCCUCUUCUCCCGCUCCUAUCUGGGUAUAAACGGAGGUAAAUCGGAGCUGAACUGGGAGAGUGACUAUUUGCAAGGCAUCAAAAGAGUGCGGCGACUGUACUGCAACGUGGGCAUUGGGUUUCACCUGCAGGUGCUCCCGGAUGGCAGGAUAAGCGGUGUCCACAGUGAGAACCCAUACAGUCUAAUAGAGAUCUCCACCGUGGACCGAGGGGUGAUCAGCUUGUUCGGAGUGAGGAGUGAGAUGUUUGUCGCGAUGAACAGCAGGGGAAGGUUAUACGGAACGAGAGUCUUCAGGGACGAGUGCAAGUUCAGAGAGACUUUGCUGCCCAAUAACUACAACUCCUACGAGUCUUUUGUUUACAAGGGCUUCUACAUCGCCCUCAGCAAACAUGGUCGCAUGAAGAGAGGCAACAAGGCGACCACCGCCAUGACUGUCACACACUUCCUCCCGAGACUAUGAGAGAAAAUGACAAUUACUGAGUAAUUUGCACAUGUGGAUGUUCUUCCAGGUAAUAAAAAAAAUGCAAAGUCAUCAUAUACGCACCAAAUGGACUGCAGAAGCAAAAGAAAACGCAAAUAUUUAUUCUGUUUUACACACACACAAAUAUAUAAAAGUGUGUGUAUAUUUUUGGAUAGCUGUCUUUGUAUAUAUGCCAUACUGUGCUGCUCAUUGUUUUUAUAGAGGGGAAAGCUGAAGCCUUGGCCUGUCUCACUUUACCUUGGUGCUUGCUGUAACACGUCACUUACUUUUCUGAGAUGGAGGGUGAGCAAUAUUCUGUGCUUUUAAAGAGUGAAAUGAAUACCUUUUAUUACCUCAAAGAACCACGUUACCAGAGUACGGGAUGCAUGGGCUUCUGCUCCAAUGUCUGCUAAGUUCAUCGUUUUGUUCGAACCUUUGGAUGUUUGACAGUUCCCUGCUCGUUUAAAGAUGUCCUCCAGCGGAGGGGGGACUUAAAUGCACUACCUUUUCUGCACGAUUUUAAGGUGCCUUGGUGUUCCCACUUGUUGCCCCCUUAAACCUCCGUGUAAAGAGACACCCGGAGGAGUCAGAAAUAGGGCUGACACUUCAGAGAGGGCCUCAGAAGAGGAGGAGGGGUUGACUAUUUUUGGUUUAUUUUCUUAACUCUAAUUAGAUCGAUUAAGUUAUAAACAAUCUGUGGCCGAGGCCAGGGUGGAACACUAAUUCAAACAGGAGAAAUUGUUUGGUCAGUCACGGCUUGCUUCUGCACAACCAAGCAGAUAAAGUGAACAUAAGACUAAGUUCAUGCACAUUGUCUCUGAGAUUGCCCCCCCCCCCCCCCCCUCAAGGUGAAGUGGGCUGGUGUUUUCUUAAAUGCAAAGCUUCAGCUGAAGUCUAUUAAAACGAUAUAACCAGUGGAAAACAGUGUAAAUAGCUUCACAUUUAAAAAAAAAACAACUUCCAGAGCUUUUUAGCACAACAAAGGCUAGGGCUACACGACAAACUAGCAGAACACCAACAUAGGUGGUCAUCCAUCUGUCUGUGUUAGGUUAUUUCUUUAGGUCGGUGUGCUUGUUGGGAGAUUUUGGUUUUCUGGGCCGUGUUUUACCCGGACUGCCUUUGUUUUCUGCAGCUGCACUGCAGUAGUUAGGAGUUGGGCGCUAGAGGCAGAUGGCUUUGAAUGCAAUUAGGGACGAGUCAAUUUUAGGAAGGAUGGUGCCGUUAGAUGCAAAGAUUGUUUUGGAACAUCUAUAUUUUGGUUGACUUCAAGCUUAAUUUUAUACAUUAGAAUGUUAAAAUCCCAGUAGAGUUUAUGUAUAAAUAGAAGCCGUUUGUUCACAAAGUCGAAGGUGCAGCAUGCUUUGCAGACUCACAAUUAGUACGUUCAAAUAUCUUCUUACAUAUUCCAAAGAUGUUUUUCUUGUCUCAUUCUUUAAAUUCCCCAGAGUCCUCUAGAGUGCAUCUACCCAUGUAUUUUCAGCAGCUGUUAACUUAAAAAAACUGCUGCUUGUUUCACCAACAGCCUCCAUUCAUUCCUGUAUGAGAGGAAGCAGAACUAUUUAAGCCCAGGAAAGAUGUGUGCAACAGAGCCGACUCGCCGUCUUUGUUGUUCGUCAAACUCCCUGCAGGAAUGUGAAUCUGCCAGGAUGACAGGCAGCUUCCGCACAUACCUGAACUAUAAAAUGCUCCACUAGCCACCUCUGCCUCCCUGCAUCCCCAACCUUCACCCCCACAACUCAUCCUCUGCAGGCAGGAACCUUUUUGGAUUCCAGCUGUAACCUGCAAUCUUCCUCCUCCUAUUUCAGCCGUUUUUAGUUCAAGGUCAGAGUCAUUGAUCAGCCUUUGCCUCAACCUCUGUGGCCACAGGGUGGUCUGCAGUUUGAAAAAGGAAUUUAAAACAUCUUUUUGAUUAAUUUUAGCUGCUUUAGAUGCUUACUUCUAUGAAUUUCAAACACCACCAGCUACAAAUGCAGCACAUGUAAUUUGCUCCUUUUAAGAAGUGCUGGAUUUGGGAUAUUUCUAAGGAGGAGACUUCUGCAGAGUUCACGCGGUGAACGAUGAGCUGAGCCACGCAGAUCUGAACCUCACCUCUGCCGCUGCAGGCCUCCCCUGUGAUACCAGCGUCAGUCCUGACCCCCAACCCUACAUGCUGACGCUAUCACACGCUGCUCGCCUUGUCUCCGUUUAUGCAAGCACAACGGCUACGCAGCGAUGCCAAAUCUUAAAAGCAAACAAAAGCUGCUGUUGAGGCUGCAUGUAAAAGCACUAAUGUACAUUUUUAACUAUGAGUUACAUGAAAAUGCUCUUUAUUUUGAAAGCUGUAUACUGUGUGGAAGUAAACAUCGUGAAUGCACGCUAAUGAGGACUUCAUUUGCUCAUGUCCAGAGGCGUGUCCAGGGAGUGGCCUGGGGUAGCACAUACCACCCUUGGAAUCUGAUUGGCCACCCCAGGUGCCACCACAUUAAUUUACCUUUAGUUAGGCUUUUCAUUGUCCACAAAAGGCUUGGGGGUAAAACAAGAAAAGCAUAACCAUUGGUGCCACCCAUGCACAAAGUUGUGCCUCACCUGGGCCACCCCAUUUUAAAAGAUCUGGACACGCCACUGCUCAUGUCACCUCUCCAAGAUGUCUGGUUUUGCACCUUAUUUAGGACGUCUUGAUUAUAUAUUUGAUUCUCCUUUCCACAGCUUAUCCUAGGUCAGAUUUCAAUAAGUCAAGGUGAGGAAUAACUUCUUUGAUGUUUGAAUGUAUAUCAGCAUGCCUGAGUCCAGAGCUUGACUAGGGUGUGUGUUCUUCAUGUGUUAUUUUUACUUUUUGGACUGAGCCUCCACUCUAUUCCUCUCCUCUGUUCUCAUAUACCUCACCUUCUGCCUUAGUUUUGGUUUGCUAAUCUCUGUAAAAUGAGACGAAACAAAUUUUAGUUACAUGUUUCUGAUAACAGACGAUGCUAAGUAAAGUUUUGUUCCUUUUAUUUUUGUACGUAUGUGCUGUGCACAGCAGUCUACUGUAUAUUCCUGAAAUACCAAAUAAUAAAAGUUUGUUUUUCUUUUUUUAA